UUACGACAGACAAAAGAGUUCCUUCAAAUGUAAAAUCUGAGUUCUCUAACUUGGAACUGUUUCUUCCAGAUCCCCUACUGGCCAAUCAUACUUGAUCAUGGGCGGAGACUUGACAGAGAAGACACCUUAAGGCUCCAGAGAGACUACAGAGACUCGACCAGAGAGACUACAGAGAGAGACUCAACCAUAGAGAGACUCAACCAGAAACAGUAGUAACCAGACAGAGGAUCAACCAGAGAGAAACAAGCUUCCAGAGACUAGAUACAGGAUCCAGAGAGACCAGACAGAGAACAAAGAGAGAGCUGAGUUAUGGAGACACAUCACUGUGAUACCUGUGGGAAGAGCCUUUCCUCAUCCAGAAGCCUCAAGAUGCACAUGAAGAUCCACACUGGAGAGAAGCCCUACAGCUUUGACCUCUGUGGUAAAACCUUUAGCCGUGCUAGCAGUUUAACAAUUCACCGCAGAAUCCACACUGGAGAGAAGCCCUACAGCUGUGACCUCUGUGGUAAAACCUUUGGCCAGACUUCCACUUUGAGAAAUCACCUCAGGAUCCACACUGGAGAGAAGCCCUACAGCUGUGACCUCUGUGAUAAAACCUUUAGCAGAGCUAACCAUUUCACUGUUCACCGCAUGAUCCACACUGGAGAAAAGCCCUACAGCUGUGACCGCUGUGAUGAAACCUUUAGCCGUGCUAGCAGUUUCACAGAUCACUGCAGAAUCCACACUGGAGAGAAGCCCUACAGCUGUGACCUCUGUGGUAAAACCUUUGGCCAGACUUCCACUUUGAGAAAUCACCUCAGGAUCCACACUGGAGAGAAGCCCUACAGCUGUGACCUCUGUGGUAAAACCUUUAGCCGUGCUAGCAGUUUAACAAUUCACCGCAGAAUCCACACUGGAGAGAAGCCCUACAUCUGUGACCUCUGUGAUAAAACCUUUAGCAGUGGUAGCAGUUUCACAAUUCACCGCAGAAUCCACACUGGAGAGAAGCCCUACAGCUGUGACCUCUGUGGUAAAACCUUUGGCCAGACUUCCACUUUGACUGUUCACCGCAUGAUCCACACUGGAGAAAAGCCCUACAGCUGUGACCUCUGUGAUAAAACCUUUAGCCGUGCUAGCAGUUUCACAGAUCACUGCAGAAUCCACACUGGAGAGAAGCCCUACAGCUGUGACCUCUGUGGUAAAACCUUUAGCCAUGCUAACAGUUUCACAAUUCACCGCAGAACCCACACUGGAGAGAAGCCCUACAGCUGUGACCUCUGUGAUAAAACCUUUAGCAGUGGUAGCAGUUUCACAAUUCACCGCAGAAUCCACACUGGAGAGAAGCCCUACAGCUGUGAUGUCUGUGGUAAAACCUUUAGCCAGGCUGGCCCUUUCAGAGCUCAUAGCAGGAUCCACAAUGGAGAGAAGCCCUACAGCUGUGACCUCUGUGGUAAAACCUUUAGCCAGGCUGGCCCUUUCAGAGCUCAUAGCAGGAUCCACACUGGAGAGAAGCCCUACAGCUGUGACCUCUGUGGUAAAACCUUUAGUCAGGCUUCCACUUUGAGAACUCACCGCAGAAUCCACACUGGAGAGAAGCCCUACAGCUGUGACCUCUGUGAUAAAACCUUUAGCAGUGGUAGCAGUUUCACAAUUCACCGCAGAAUCCACACUGGAGAGAAGCCCUACAGCUGUGACCUCUGUGGUAAAACCUUUAGUCAGGCUUUCACUUUGAGAACUCACCGCAGAAUCCACACUGGAGAGAAGCCCUACAGCUGUGACCUCUGUGAUAAAACCUUUAGCAGUGGUAGCAGUUUAACAAUUCACAUCAGAAUCCACACUGGAGAGAAGCCCUACAGCUGUGAUGUCUGUGGUAAAACCUUUAGCCAGGCUGGCCCUUUCAGAGCUCACAGCAGGAUCCACAAUGGAGAGAAGCCGUACAGCUGUGACCUCUGUGGUAAAACCUUUAGCCAGGCUGGCCCUUUCAGAGCUCAUAGCAGGAUCCACACUGGAGAGAAGCCCUACAGCUGUGACCUCUGUGGUAAAACCUUUAGUCAGGCUUCCACUUUGAGAACUCACCUCAGAAUCCACACUGGAGAGAAGCCCUACAGCUGUGACCUCUGUGGUAAAACCUUUAGCCAUGCUGGCAAUUUCACAGCUCACAGCAGGAUCCACACUGGAGAGAAGCCCCACAGCUGUGACCUCUGUGGUAAAACCUUUAGCCGUGCUGGCAAUUUAACAGUUCACAGCAGGAUCCACACUGGAGAGAAGCCCUACAGCUGUGACCUCUGUGACUAUUCAGGUAAAACAAGUAGCCAUCUGAAGCGUCACCUGCAUGUCCACAAUAGAAAACCCCCAAAGCAGUGAUGUCUGGGGCCAAGCUGUCCCAGCAGUCACCACCUGAGAGAACUUCUGUAUGACCCACAGCUGGAAGAACUACCGGCCUACAACUAAAAAAUCUAAAAUCCUCUGCUGUUAGACUGCUCCUCAAGGUUUCUUCCAUUUUGUUGAUCAACUUUUAUUGAUGUAAUACUUUUUAGCCUGUGUUAGGAACCUUGUCUAGGGAGAAACGCCGUAACACUAGACAAACACACAAGACAGAACACACAUGCAAACAGGGCGAGGG